AUGUCUAAGCACAGAAUCAAAAGCGUUGCGCUUGAGGAUGACUAUGCAGAUGAUUAUUAUGAUGAUGACGAUCAGAGCGGCUACGUAGAGGACGUCGGAAUGACUGCAGAAGAUCAGGAGAGGUUGCGGGUGGGUACGGUCCAAGUGCGCAAUACCUUGGGUCAAGGUUUCGCAUCAAUCACGGACAAGGAGAUUCAAGAUGCCUUGUGGCACUACUAUUACGAUAUCUCUAAAUCAGUCAGCUACCUGAAGAACAAACAUACACCAAGCCAAAGUAAGCAGGAAAAGACUAGACCAGCAAAGGCUGGCUCGCAAUUAGCUGCACAAGUUCAUCAUCAAGCUGUCAAAGAGCCCAACAUCCAUCAUCUGUUACCAUCAACGGCAAAGGACUUCUUCUGGGACUCACCUUGGCUCAAUAUCCCUCUUCAUCGCCAAGCAGAGAUCAGAGUAGAGCCUGUUUUUCCGCGUCUUGGUCUUCUUGGUGGAUCUUCUACGGGCGAAGGCAAAAUGUCAAAGAUUGCUGCGUUAGCUGCAAAGCGUCGGCUAAAAGAGAAGGAAAAUGAGAAACAAAGAGUUGCAGAUACCCACACAUCAGGUUUGCCUGAAGACACUGCGUCUGGCCUGAGCAAAUUGAGAAUUGCAACAUCGCACACCUUAUACCCUCACAAAGAACAUCCACUGAGUUCGCGGCACGACUUGCAGUCAACAUCAAGGAUAGACCAGACACAAGAGCCACCUCCCAAAGGCGAUGCGUUACCGCCAUCAAGAGAGCAAGGAAAGGACAAAAGAACAGAAGACAGUCACCAGCCUAACGGUUCUCAGUCUGGAGCAAACGUUGCAGAUAUGCGAGCCAAUCCAUCCAUGUUUGCUCGCACUUUGAUGAUCUCCUGCAAUACUGCCUGGCCUUUAUCUUCCAGACCGCCCACCUUAUUGCCUGAGCCCGUCAUUUCUUCUUUCGAUUUCCUAAAACCAAGUCCAGACGAUAUUGUCCUGAAAGCGCAGAACUUCAAAGGCUCAAAGACCUCAACAUCAUCGAAGCAGCAGAAGCCAGCUAAAGCAAAGGAGUCUAUCAUCAACAGCAUGGAAAAUCUGUCAGUGGUGGAACCAGAGACGAUCAAGAGCAAGAAUCUUGAUGUUCUUGCUGAGUACAAGAAGGUGGAAAGAAAAAAUGCGGCGAAUUUCGUGGUCAUUGGCCAUGUGGAUUCAGGGAAAAGCACUCUUAUGGGUCGGCUCUUGUUUGAUCUGAAAGCGAUCGAUGAGCGGACCAUGGAACAAUACAAGGAGGAGGCUGAAAAAAUGGGCAGAGGCUCAUUUGCUUUCGCCUGGGUCUUGGAUCAAGGUACAGAGGAGAGAGCUCGAGGUGUAACCAUUGACAUUGCGUCCCACAAAUUCCAGACAGAACGAACGUCGUUCACCAUUCUAGACGCUCCCGGACAUCGAGAUUUCGUUCCCAGCAUGAUAGGGGGUGCUAGUCAGGCAGACUUUGCUGUGCUGGUUAUCGAUGCCUCGCCUAGCGAAUUCGAAGCGGGCCUCAGAGGUCAGACAAAAGAGCAUGCGUUACUUGUUAGAAGCAUGGGAGUGGCAAGGAUCGUGGUCGCCGUCAAUAAAAUGGACAGGACUGACUGGUCAAAGGAACGCUUUCAAGACAUACAACAGCAAAUGUUAGCCUUCCUUACCACAGCAGGUUUCAAGAGCGAAAAUAUCUCAUUUGUUCCUUGCUCUGGGCUUCAAGGGGACAACAUACUCACCCGGAGCAGAGCGCCACAGGCAGCCUGGUACAAUGGACCGACUUUGGUGGAGGAACUUGACACUUCAGAACCAGUGAACCAUGCACUUGAAAAGCCACUUCGGAUGACGCUCGACGAUGCCUUCUAUGAUUCCGUACAGAAUCCGUUCUCGGUUUCCGGGCGCAUUGAAGCAGGCAGUCUUCAGGUUGGCGACCAGAUCGUGGUAAUGCCUAGUGGUAUCAAGACAUUCAUCAGGAGCAUCCGAGUGGACGAUGAGCCAAGCGAUUGGGCAGUCGCAGGUCAGAAUGUGAUAUUGAGCUUGAGCAUCACAGAAGCAGAUUUUGAUCAGAUCAAUAUUGGCAACAUGCUCUGCAACCCCGCCUUCCCUGUUGAAAAUGUCUCAUCAUUUACAGCGAAGGUAUUGGCGUUUGACCACCUAAUGCCAAUGCCGCUGGAUGUUCACAAAGGACGCUUGCACAUUCCCGGGAGGAUCUCAAGACUUGCUGCUGUGCUCAACAAGAUUGAUGACAGUGUGGUUAAGAAAAAGCCCCAAGUCGUGCACCCAGGCAGUGUUGCAAGAAUCGUGGUUGAGCUGGAUGAGCCUGCACCAAUCGAGGCCGGAAGGAUAAUUCUGAGGGCAAACGGAGAAACUGUGGCUGCUGGACAUCUGGAAUGA